GCCAUUGACUACACAUCUAAAGUGAGAGCUCACACUAUGAUAAAUAUUCUAAUCCUUCAUAAUUUAAAGGGAGGUCUACUUAUUGAGAUCGAAGAAGCCGACCUUCAGCAGAGUAUUUUUCGCUAAUCAGCCCACCAUCGCCGUGUCCAAUUAUCUCUAAAAGCACCGGUGUCUCAAGAGGGAUCCCAUACGUAUGAUCCCGAAUAGCUAGAUUUCUCAAACCAGCUGUCCUUCUUCACCAUUGCUGAAUUCUGGCCUUACACCGCAUCGUAAUGGAACCACUCGUAAAAUCCUUUAAACUCCUCUGCAAUUGAGAUUUUGCAGAGGAAAAAAUCCCCACUGUCAGGCUUCAGGUCUCUGCUUAUUGCCUUGUCUUAAGGUCUGGGAAUAUUCCAAUCAAAACAAACCAUGUUCAAUCAGAUGAACAGAUAUGAUCGCAUCAACAAAAAGGCAAUCUCGUCCCCCUAAGCUCAGACGCUUAUGUACCGCCAGUUCCAAGUCCCCGAAAACUCAAAAUCAAGCCUUCCCGCUACUGCGCCAGACAAACUCAUGCAUAAAAUUCUCCACCCCAGCAGCAUUCUCACUCCGGGGCCACUAAAGGAGACCUUCCAGUGGAAACAAAAGGCCCGGGCGUCGUCCAUUGAAGCCUGCACCCUGCCCAGUUCGAAACAUCUUACACAACAGAUAAUCCGACGGGUCUUCGUCAGUAGUCUCCGCAGCAACUGGAGGAUCGAUCGUCUCAUGUUCUGUGCUAGCUGGUUUGGCAGGACGAAAAGUUUUUGUAUUUGUAUUCUUGUUCCCUUCUUCUUGUUUGGUUUCUCAAUUGCGUUUUCAUCUUUUCUCGACACUUAUACCCCUCUCCAUUUCUCUUUUUCUUGGUUGAUACCAUUCGAUUCUUUCUCGAGAGCAGGCUCUCUUUCAUCACACUUGACAAUGACUCCAAAAUACAACAUACCGCUGCGCAUUCUGCAGGCAGUCUUUUCUAUCGUAGUGCUUGCACUUUCAAGCUAUGUCGCAUUCAUACAAAACCAAACAGGAUACCAUUCUGCUACACAAAUCAAUUUUCUUAUCUUCGUUUCUUCCUUCUCACUUCUAUCAUUGCUCUUCCUAGAGCUUGCGCCUCGAUUCGCACCAAAAGGUAAGUCAGACCGUCCGUCACCAAACAACAAAGAUCUCGCAAGGCUAAUGUAUAGCAGUAUCAAAUCAAUACGUUCAAUUAUUUGUCCAGUGUCUGGUCGGAGGACUCUACCUAGGCGGCUUCAUCGCUCUUUCGGUUUUCCUCGGCCAGCUCAUGUACUGCCAAGGAAGCAUAUGCACAGCUGCCAAAGUCGAUGCGGUUUUCGGAGCCGUUAGCUGCACCGUAUGGAUGGCGUCUGUAGCGACAUUAGGAAUCGAAAUGUCGAGAUUUGGACGCAGAUACGAGUCAUCAGGGGAGAGCACGGAGAAGGUUGCGGAUAAGGGGGUUCUGGUUUAGAUGGUUACAACAAGGGAAGCAAGCUCACAUGGGAGUCGCGCUUAGAAGGAGAAGGCUACAACAGGGGCUCUUGGGAAUGGGAAAUAAUGAAAUGGCGAUGGAUGGGAUAAAUCUAUCUGCUAGGUAUAAUUGAGUCUAGGCAAAGUCGAGUAUCAGCCUUCUCUCGGACCUCACAACCGACUCGCAGUAGCCAGUCUUUACGAAUAGCUAAUAAUGCAUUUGACAACGAUGUCAAAUUUGCAUCAUCCUCCGUUUCUUCUCGUCGUCUGUUCGCGAAUUUUGCAGCACCAAACUUGAGAGAAAGGCCAAGACAGUGUCAGGAAUACUUGGAGCUGUCUAUUCUCCCUACUGAGUGCUGCCUAAUACGGGCUUCAUACUCAUGAUCUCAUAGUUCACGAUCCACUUGGGAGCCUUGUAGGGCUGACUGCGGCAAGACUAUCCGCCUUAGCGCCACGCAAUUGGGCAGGAGUAAUUCUAGCGUGCUUCUAGUCUUCCGCAUGACUUUAGGCUUUGGGACCUAGGAUUCUGCUAGUUUUGAUCGAGUAUGGUUGUAGAAGACGAAUAUGUUCUGCGGUUAUUCGGCAGUAACAGGGUCAGCUGGCUUGGGCUUAGCGACAUGUUGUUGCUCCAAAGGUACUGAGAUUUGAUCAAGAAUCCGGGGU